CUAGCAAACAAGAAUAUACAUUCUCAUACACUUUCACCAUGGCCAACGAAGCUCAUUUUCUUUUUCUUUUUCUUGUCAUGCUAUCUGCUAUGCAUUUUGUAGCAGCUCAUGAUCGACGAAGACUGUCUAAUACUAUAAGCCGAGGCUCAUCUCUAACGCCAACUGGAAACUCGUCUUGGCUGUCACCUUCAGGCUUAUUUGCCUUUGGAUUCUUUCCACAAGGCCAUAACCGCUAUGGCGUGGGAAUUAUCCUUGCUGGACUUGCUACGAAUAAGACCGUGGUUUGGACAGCCAACCGAGAUUAUCCUCCUGUCUCCGACAAUGUAACCUUGCGUUUUACCAAGGAUGGGAGGCUCGUGCUACAACAACAAUCUCAAGAAAUAAUAUGGCAGAUUUCUCAUCAAAAUGUUUCCUCUGCUUCCAUCCUAGACUCGGGCAACUUUGUGCUCUAUGAUUGUGAAAAUAAGAUAAUAUGGCAGAGUUUUGAUGAACCAACUGACACCAUCUUACCUGGCCAGAUUCUUUCAGAGGAUCAAGAAUUAUCUUCUAGGAUAUCGGAAUCUGAUUUUUCAACUGGGAUUUUUAGACUCAAACUCCAGUUUCAUUCGAAUCUUGUUCUGUACCCGGCCAAUACUGUGGACCGUAGCUUCAAUUCUUACUGGUCGACUAACGUUCCUGCAGGAGUCCUUUACGAUGUGACAACCCUGAAUCUUAAUCCUGAUGGGCACCUUUUUUUGCUUAGACAGGGAUCUUUUGUUGAAGCAACAAGACCUUAUAUUCUAGCAAAUCUCACCCAAGGGUUUAAUGAGAAACAGAGGCUUUACGUCGUGAAAUUUGAUUUUGAUGGCAUCCUUCGACUCUAUUCAUUGAGUUUGGAUGGAAAGGGCAAGGGCUCGUCGGUUGUAUGGGAAUCAUCAAAAAAUAGAUGUGACCCCAAAGGAUUAUGCGGCCUCAACGGAUACUGUACUCUUACUGAUGACGAUGAUGACCCUAAAUGUUUGUGUCCGGGUGGUUUUAAUUAUGUUAGUCCGGGCAACAGGAAUGAAGGCUGUGAGAGGAAUUAUACGGUUCAUUGUGGCAGUAACAAGGAGCGGACGAUCCAGUAUAGCAUGACACAAUUGCAGCAUACUUGGUGGGAAAAUGAUCCUGAUUCUGUUGAACAAAUGAGAAGUAAAGAAGAGUGUGAAGCAGCUUGUUUGGAGGAUUGUGAAUGUGAAGCAGCCCUUUACAAAGACGGGGACUGCAAGAAACUUAGUCUUCCAUUGAGAUACGGAAGAAGCUCAAUGAAUGAUUCUACGGUGGCCUUUAUCAAAUGGGCUCUGCCACCACCUGGAAACAUGACAAAAAAUAGCAAAGAUAAAUUAGUCGUUCCAGUCUUAGCCGCAGGGAGUGGAGGUGGCUUGGCUCUGAUGCUUGUCUUUCUUGUAAUCGUGUACUGUGGAGUCCGACAACACCAACGGGUAAAGAACAAGAAGCUAAAAGAAAACUUUUUUGAGCGAAAUGGUGGGAUAAUACUACAGCAGCUACUAUACCAGAGUGAGAGUAUUUUAGAUAGAGCUAGAAUAUAUACAGAGGAAGAGCUUAAGAAGGCUACUAAUAACUUCAAUGAGAGCAAUGUCAUUGGUCAAGGAGGUUAUGGCGUAGUUUACAAGGGAGUGAUAGCUGAUAAAGUUUAUGCCAUUAAAAAGUCCAAAGUAGUUGAUCGAAGCCAAGUUGAUCAGUUUGUAAAUGAAGUGAUCAUACUUUGGCAGAUAAAUCAUCCGAAUGUUGUGAAGCUCUUAGGUUGUUGUUUGGAAACUCCAGUCCCUUUACUAGUCUAUGAAUUUGUAACAAACAAUACACUCUUUCAUCACCUACAUGAUGAAGGUUUGGCGUCGUCAAUCCCAUGGACUAUGCGCCUCAAAAUAGCCACAGAAACAGCUGGAGCCCUCGCGCAUUUGCACUCAGCUCCUGUGCAUAUCAUACACAGGGAUAUAAAAUCCGCUAACAUACUUCUGGAAGAUGGAUACAGUGUCAAAGUAUCUGAUUUUGGUGUUUCCAGGCUGUUUUCUCCCCAAGAAACACAUUUGGCCACUUUGGUGCAAGGAACUUUCGGGUACAUAGACCCCGAAUACUUUCAUUCAGGGAUUUUGACACAGAAAAGCGACGUGUACAGCUUUGGAGUAGUGCUUGCAGAGCUUUUAACUGGAGCAAAAGUGGUCUCAUUUUUAAGAGAAGAGAAGGACAGAAAUCUGGGGAUGUAUUUCUUGUCUAAGUUGGAAGAGGAUCGCCUGUACACAAUUCUUGAACCCCGGGUGAGAAAUGAGGGGAACGCGGUGCAGCUUGAAGGAGCAGCAGAGAUAGCGAAAAAAUGUCUCAGCAUUGAAGGAGCUAAAAGGCCUACAAUGAUGGAAGUUGCGGAGGAGCUUGCUGAGUUGAGAGAACUCACGAUUGAUGAUCACUUAUGUGUUGAGGUGGACUACAAGUACUGCCAUGUCUCCACGUUCUUAUUUCUGCGAAGGCGAUGUGCAGAGGGCGACCCUGUUAUUAUAAAACUCGGAUUUAGGCAGCAGAGGAACAUAAAACCAAAAUCACACAAAGAAAUUAUCAUCAUGGAUAAUUUUACUUUUGGUCAUCUUUUUCUUGUUAUGCUAUCUGCCAUAUAUUGUGUUGCAGCACAAGAAAGAGUGUUCAAUAUAAGCCAAGGCUCCUCUUUGACACCAACUGAAAACCCGGUUUGGCUGUCUCCUUCAGGCGUAUUUGCCUUUGGCUUCUAUCGUCAAGGUGAUAACCGCUAUGGUGUUGGCAUUUUCCUUGCUGUUGCUGACCUUCCUCUGAAUAAAACUGUGGUUUGGACAGCCAACCGAGAUGAUCCUCCUGUCUCCAACGAUGUAACCUUGCGUUUAACUACUGAGGGUAGGCUCAUCCUACAACAAAAAUCUCAAGACUUGAUUACAGAUGUAGUUAAAGUUGAUCAAUCUAUUUCUUCUGCUUCCAUGCUAGACUCUGCCAACUUUGUGCUCUAUGGUUCGAACCAGGAAAUGAUAUGGCAGAGCUUUGAUCACCCAACUGAUGCUCUUUUACCUGGCCAAAUUCUUGCACAGGAUCAAGAUUUGGUUUCUAGUAGGACAGAAUCUGAUUACUCCCAAGGGAAAUUCCGACUCAAAAUGCAGGGUGAUGGAAAUCUUGUUCUAUACCCUGCAAAGACUAUAGAUAGUUCCUUGAAUUCCUACUGGAGCACUGGCACUUUUGGAAGUGGUGCGGUGAAUUUGACACUCAAUCUUGAAGUCGAUGGACACCUUUAUUUGAGCGAUGCACGCUUUGGUGAUUCCUUCGUCCUGAAAAAUCUAACCGAUGGGUUUUCGGUGAAACAGAGGCUUUACCUCAUGAAAAUUGAUUUUGAUGGUAUCCUUCGACUGUAUUCAUUAAGCUUGGAUGGAAAGGGCAACAGCUCCUCGAUUGUAUGGAAUGCCCCGGAAAAUAGGUGUGACCCCAAAGGAUUAUGUGGCAAUAAUGCAUACUGUACUCUUAUUAAUGAUGGUGGAGCUAAAUGUGAAUGUCCAUUUGGAUUCAUUGAUGUUAGUCUUGACAGCAGCAAUGAAGGCUGUGAGAGGAAUUAUACUGUUGAUAACUGCAAUAACAAGGACCAGACGGUCCGAUAUAACAUGACACAAUUGCAGCAUACUUGGUGGGAGAAUGAUCCUGAUUCUGUUGACAAAAUGAAAACUAAAGAAGAGUGUGAAGCAGAUUGUUUGGAGGACUGUAAAUGCGAAGCAGCCCUUUUUAAAGACGGGGAUUGCAAAAAAGUAAGCCUUCCGCUGAGAUAUGGGAAAAGAUCAGUGAAUGAUUCUACCAUUGCCUAUAUCAAAUGGGCUCCCCCUAAAGCAGAAAAGAAUAAUAAAGAUCGAUCUGUCAUUCCAGUUUUGAUUGCAGGAAUUGGAGGUGGCUUAGCUGUGAUGCUUGUUAUUCUCUUGGUCUCAUAUUGGGGAGUCCGGCAACACAGACAGAAGCAAAGCGUAAAGCUUAAAGAAAACUUUUUCAAGCAAAAUGGCGGUAUAAUGCUACAACAACUACUAUACAAAGCAGAGAACACUGCUGAAAGAGCCAAGAUAUACACCGAGGAAGAGCUGAAGAAGGCUACGAAUAACUACAAUGAGAACAAUGUCAUUGGUCAAGGAGGUUAUGGUACAGUCUAUAAGGGUGUUUUAGAUGAUACACUUGUUGCCAUCAAAAGAUCUAAAGUGGUUGAUCGAAGCCAGAUUGAUCAAUUUGUCAAUGAAAUGAUCAUACUUUCACAGAUAAGUCAUCCCAAUGUUGUGAAACUCUUGGGUUGUUGCUUGGAAACUCCAGUACCUUUAUUAGUCUAUGAAUUUGUGACAAACAAUACACUCUUCUAUCAUCUACAUGAUGAAGGUUGUGCCUCGUCGAUCCCAUGGGAUAUGCGCUUAAGAAUAGCCACAGAAACAGCUGGAGCACUAGCACAUAUGCAUUCAGCUCCUGUGCAUAUCAUACACAGGGAUGUCAAAUCAGCUAACAUACUUCUGGAUGAUGAAUACACUGCAAAAGUUUCUGAUUUUGGCGUUUCCAGGCUGUUUUCGCCUGAAGAAACUCAUUUAGCUACAUUGGUUCAGGGAACUUUUGGGUACAUUGACCCAGAAUAUUUUCAUUCAGGGAUUUUGACACAGAAAAGCGAUGUUUACAGCUUCGGAGUAGUGCUUGCCGAGCUUUUAACUGGAGCCAGAGUUGUCUCAUUUGGCAGAGAAGAGAAGAACAGAAACCUAGGCAUGUAUUUCUUGUCUGCGUUGGAAGAUGAUCAACUGUACACAAUUCUUGAACCCCGGGUGAGAGAAGAGGGGCACGCGGAGCAGCUUGAAGGAGCCGCAGAGAUAGCGAAAAAAUGUCUGAGAAUUGAAGGAGCCAAAAGGCCUACAAUGAAGGAAGUUGAAGAAAAGCUUUUGCAGUUGACGGACCUUAGGAUCAAAAUUCAUACUUCGAUUGAGAGUCAUUAAUCUAUGUAGGUAUUUAGUGCAAUGAUAGUAAUCCAAUGCAAUAUCUGAUUUUGUAGAAUGAAAACCGACUGAGAAUAAAAAGGCCUACAAAGAAGGAUGAUCAAUAAGAGUUGUCUUCCUGAGGGCAUAUACACUGUCAUUAGGAAAAACCAACACUAAUGCAAUUUAAUUAAGAUUGCGUUAGGCAACAUAUUUUGAUUUUCUGAUGAAGAAGUGGACAACAUUAUUAGUGCAUUCAAGUGGACCAUAAACAGGAGAAGAUGUCAACAUCUGGUUGCUAAUGAGAUCAGGGCUGGAGGCUGGAAGUGGAUAUGCUGAAGAGGAUAACUGAGGCAUAUGAGUCUUGGAAUUUUGUAGAUUCUGGGUCCAUUUCAUAAAUUCUUUUAUUGUAAGCUGCGAGUUAGCUUGGUCUUCCUCGAAUGUAUAUUAUGACAUGUGUUGCAUCAA